CUCCCCGAACUGGCGAGGACAUGGGUGCGCGGGAGGGCGCGCGUCGCGUCUGCAUUGUUUUUCAUGCUCCCCAACAGUGCUUGCAUUGAAAAUCCCGUGGCAGAUGCCGAAAAAUCUGGCGAACGAACCGGGCCGAUUUCGGCGGGCGCCUGGACCCCCCGUUUCCCACUUCGGGGUGCCGGGCCGGCUUCGGUGGGCAGCCGGGUUUCCAGCUCUCCGGUCGACGGCCCUGGGCGCCUGAAUUUGCGCCGCUCCCGGGCCUCAAUUGCUUGACCGCGGCCAUGCCCCUGGAGCGAAGAAUGCGCGUCAAAAAACAAAUAGCACAUUUACCUUAGAGAGAGGACAGCGGCGCGCACAGGCGCACGGGAGCAACAGCGAAUUCAGAGUAGAAAAAGGAAGAGACAAGACCGAGGAAAGGCGCGAAGGAGAAACAGGGGGAGAAAGAGGAGAAGACGAAGACGAUGACGACUCAGAGAACAAACCUCUCCUCUCGCCCCUGCUCCUCAGGCAGGCCCCCGACCCGAACGCCCCCGCGGAGCGGCUAGGAUGCUCACUUCGGGCUUACGGGAGUCCAGGAGGUUCGCGGGCUUGCUCGCGGCCUGCGCGGCGCAGUGCGGCGGCGCCGCGGCGGCGCCAAAGGCGCCGCGCAAGCGCCGUCAGGGACGGUCGGUGCCAGGCAGCUGCCCGCGGCGGCGAGCCGGGCGACCGCCGCCUGGCGGCGAGCCCGCUCGCCGCCGAGCUGCUGGUGCAGCCGGUCCCAGAGCGUUUCACACGACCGUGGAUUGCGACAAGCACCUCGGCAUGCUUUCUUCUACCUUCAGGACCUGUGCGCUGGCCUCUGCAAAUGAGCUUAUUCGUUUGUUUUCCCCUCACAGGCAGGCUUCCAGCCUCCGCAGCGCGGGCAGACAGCAUCAGCACAAAAGUCUGAUCUUCUGGUAUUGGCCUCCGAGCUUCGAGCUCGAACCCACAGCCUGAGCUCACCUGAAAUCAGAAGCGCUCGAGAUUCUAGUGAAAACGAGGAUUCAGUGAAGGCAGUAGGGGGAAGGGGGAAGGGGUUCGCGAAGAGAGGGAGGGGGAGAUGGUAGAAGGGAACAACUAGAUACAAAUGGUGGGGCUUCCAGCCCCGAAUGCCAGCAGACAGCAUCAGAUCUAGAUGUCCAGCCUGAAUCUCAGCCUUCCUGCCCAUCAGUGGCCGAACUCUAAUUUGGAGGCUUCAGUCUGAAUCCAGUGGGCCCGCUGCUGGAUGAAGAGACACGUGAUGCUGAAGUGGGAAUCUGGAGGAUGAACCAAGAAGGGGACAGCGAAGUUAAAGAGGGGCGGGGCAGGGAGGCAGGAAAAGGCUGAAGGGAAGAGAGGGAAAGCACGAGAAAAGAGAGAGAGAGAGAGAUGGAGGGAGGGAGAGGGAGAGAGAGAGAGAGAGGGGCAUGCUUGGCACAUGCAAAAUGCACUGUCAAAGGACCGACAGCAAGGCGUAAAAGUGUUAUCUGGAGUGCUGACAGACAGCAGAGUCUGAUCUAUCAGCAUGAGAUCAGGAGUCUGGGGCAUCAAGCCCACUGACUCCAGCAAUAGCCGUAAGCAUCUUCCUAAGUUGACUCUAGGGCUUCAGAACUAAAGCCCAGCGACCCCCCCCCUGCGCGAGGAAUCGCCAGAUAUCCGGCGAUGAGUGAGGAGGAGGGAGGGGAACAUGAGGAACCGCAAGACGGAUCGAGGGAGGCACGAGACACGGCAGGCGAGGCGUGGCGGCUCGCAAUGAUGAGGAGGAGGAGAGGACGUGGAGGAGAGGGAGGAGGAGGAGGACGAGAAGGGAAGGACGUGAGGUGAAGACGGCCCGGCCGUGCCGCAGCCAAGCUCCGCCGUCCCAGCUAGCGCGCGCCACAGGCUGGCCUGCGGCUGGAAAGGCUCGCUGGUCGGCUGAGGAAAAGGAAAGCAGUCGCUGAAAGACAAGGCCCAGCGAAUAAGUGCUGCAUUCUUGGGAACCCGUUCGCCCUGUUGGCAAUCCAGAACAGCUUCGCGUUCGCCAAGGCUCCGCUCGCCUCAGCAUAAUGCUGCUGCGCUGUCCUCGAGUCCAAGGAUGGAACGACUGAGGCCACAUCCGCCCUAGCAGACAGGUCGUGCCGUUUUGCUGAACCAAAUCUAGACAGCCGAAUCCAUAUAACCAUUUAUAACUCAUCCGAAGGCUGAACCAUCCUACGACCCUCGCGGGCCCCGCACUCGAAACUCUCACGUGCGAAACCCCGACGGGCGUCGGGCACGCGACGCCCUGCGGCACGGCAGGGGGACUCUAGAAGCAGCGGGCGAGGGCGCGCUGGCGCUGCGCCAUGCUGAACGGCGAGAGGGGCUCCGCCGCCUGCCGCGCUGCGCUCUGGCGCUUGGCCUGCAGCAUCUGGCUGAACGGCGAUAGGGGCUCGCGGGCCUCGGGCCUCUUGAGCAGCGCGCUAGCGAACGGCGAGCUGGGCUCGCUGUCGGACUCGCAGGGGUCAGAGGCCACGUCCUCGCCGAAGGACGCGAGGCUCUCGCCGUCGGCCGCCGUGCUGCAGGUGUCCACCGAGUCGUCGACGGCCUUCGGGUCGCAGUGCUUCGGCGAGCACGCGUGGGCGUCCUCGUCCGGCAUCGACAACCACCUGCCGUUGGCCGUCGAAUGGUGCACCCCAGGUACCAGGGCCAUGUCCAGGGGAGCGGGCCGGAAGCUCUUGUAGCCCCUGGGCCUCGCCUGGCUCUUGGCCGUCGACAGGUGCAGGCCAGGGACGGCGGCCAUGUUCAGGGCGGCCGGGCGGAGACUGCGGUACAUCUUGCGAGGGGGAAGACGCGCGGAAAUCGUAUGCUCGAGUCAACGGCGCUCGGAAGAGAAACAGCCUUGAGCCAAAA